AAACCUGCUACAAUAUGGUACACCGUGUCAAUUGAUGCUUUUUUCCUUGAUUUCAGGGCAGAGCGAAACUGACCCGUGCCCGAGUGAGCCAGCUGCAGCAUUUAUCAAGGUCCGUGCGGGAAGUCCGCUCCCCAACCAAAUCCCCAAAUUUCUUUCCGAGCGCGGCGCGCCAAGUCCGAUCUCGAAGCUACACUAAACCAUCUAUCUUCCCGAAUCCACCAUAAACCGCGACGGAGGCAACGCCAACGCAGCAACACCGUCAAAAUGGCCGCCUUUGUCAAAGCCAUCAAUGCGAAGAUCCGGGCGCACCCCGUUCUGAACUAUGUCUGCUCGACACAUUUCUGGGGGCCCGUCUCCAACUUUGGCAUUCCCGUCGCCGCGGUCAUGGAUACCCAGAAGAGCCCGGAGCUGAUCUCGGGCCCCAUGACCUUCGCCCUCUGCGUCUACUCGGCGACCUUCAUGCGCUACGCGCUCGCCGUCACGCCCAAGAACUACCUCCUCUUCCUCUGCCACUUCGUCAACGAGGGCGCCCAGCUGACCCAGGGGUACCGCUACCUGCAAUGGACACAGUGGGGCGGCCGCGAGAAGGCCGCGCUGGCCGGCGCGGUGGAUGCCGGCAAGGAGAAGGCCGGGCAGGUCGAAGAGAAGGUGAAAGAGCUGGCCGGGAAGAAAUGAAGAGCGCGCGCGUGUAUGCCAUGACACGAGGCGCGUUUUGGGGGG